AUGGGAAAGUUUGAAAUAAAGGGGUUUCAGGUCCUACCGGUUAGCUUUCCCGAGCGGAAAUCAAAGCAGUAUGUUUUCUACAAGAAACACGACGCAAAGAACCAAGCCAGUGAGGGGCCUGGCGAUCGGUCCUUGUUCAUGGCAAAUUUGCCGGUCAUGAGUGAUUUAUCCGUGGUAAGAAGGUAUUUCCAAACGGUCGCCUUGGGCGCAACUAUAGAGUCCUUCACUCCGUCGUAUCUCACAAACUGUCCCGAGGAUGUCUGGAUAAAUUUGACCAAACUCACCUCCGAUUUGCCGGUGAACAACAUCGACGAAGCAGCUAGUAAAUUGCCCAAGAACUCGGCAGUUGUCACGUUUAUCGACAGGGCCUCGUUCCAGCUUGCCUUUAGUGCGUUGAAAAAACUAUCUGCGUCAGCACAGCUAACAACGUGGCCCCUCGCCGGCGCGACGUCACCAUCGUCGUCGGCGGCGUAUUACUUGGCAAAAUUGAAACUGGAUGUGCUUGAUAGCGAGCAGUUGGCUGCAGAAGUACUGCAGGCCCUCGCAGACUUUGAUAGAGCUGAAAAGCAAAGCAUGGAGGAGCUACAGGACCAGGCCAACUUGGUCGACGAAGAUGGGUUCACCUUGGUUGUUGGCUCGCAUCGAAAGACAAAAGCCGGAAUAUUGGGUAAACAGAAAUUGGCCAGCACGGUGGAAAGCGAAAAGGCCAAAGCGAAAUUGAAGAAAAAGGAAACGCAGGAUUUCUAUAGGUUCCAAUUACGACAGCGCAAGAAGGAUGAAAUGAAUGAGUUGUUGAAUAAAUACAAGGCGGACCAGGAAAAAGUUCGGUUGAUGAAGGAAAAGAAAAGGUUUAGGCCGUAUUGA